AUGAAAUACUUUGCUGUUCUGUAUUAUUUUCUGUCCUUGGCUUAUGGAGCUCCAUUGAAUUCUACUAGCCCUGAAUGUUCAGUGGAAAAAAUUGAAAAAAUCGGGGAUUGUGUGAAGGAUCUGGUGUCUACAGUAGAGAAAAUAUCAAAAUGGGUUGACAAAGAAUACAAAUUUGAUGACGGAGAGAAAAAGGAGUUUCGGGAUAAGUGUAAUGAAACUCAGAAAUGUUUCGUUUCUGUGAAAUCGAGUUGUCCAGAUUUCCCAGAAGAAGUCACCAAUGAGCUCGACGUAAUGUGCUCUCGAUUCAAUUUCAUUAUUGAUAAAUUUGCCGAAUGUGUCCCAAAACUGGAAGAAAUGAAGUGUGUCAAUGAAGUUUUCGGACCGAAAUCUUUAAAAAAAACAUCAAACGAGAAAUGCAAAGAUCUCAAGGAACACGAAAAAUGUGCGAUUGAAGAGGUGGAGACGGCGUGCGGAGAGAAAUUCAAGGAGAUUUUUGUGGAGAACUUCAACGUGGAACUGAAUAUGCACAAAUGCUAA